UUAACCCCCGGUGCCCUCCCAGUCCCUCCCAGUGCUCCCAGUAUCGAAGGCCUGGAGUCCCCGCAGGUCCGGGCGGGGCAGACGCUCAAACUGGUUUGUGUGGCCCGGGGGGGGAACCCCCCGCCCAGUUUGCACUGGGACAAGGACGGACGCCCCCUGGCGGGGGCGUGGUCCCGCGACUCCGCCCACGUGACCCGGAACCGCCUCGUUCUGGGCGUCACCCCGGAAGACGACGGCGCCACCCUGCGGUGCCGCGCGGUGACGUCACUUCCGGGCGGGGGCGGAAGCGCCAGCGUGCAACUGGAAGUGACGUACCCGCCCUCGGAGGUGACGCUGUCGGGGUCGGGGACGGUUCCCCUGAACGGCUCGGCCACCCUGGGCUGCACCAGUGCUCCCAGUAACCCCCCAGUGCGGCUGCGCUGGUGGCUCGGGGGGAGGCAACUGGAGCCCAGCGGGGGCGGCCCCACCCCGGGCUGGGGGCGUGGCCUGGGCGCCGUGUCCAACGUGACGCUGUGGGGGCGAGUGGAGGACCACGGGGAGAACCUCGUGUGCGAGGCCGAGACCCCCGGGGUGGGGACCCGGAGCGCCAGUGUGACCAUCAGCGUGCCCCGUGAGUCAUACUGGGUUAUACUGGUUUAUACUGGUUUAUACUGGUUUGUACUGGGAG